GAAAAACGGACACUGCUGAAACCAGAACUUCGACUUCUGUUUCGUUUCCGCCACUCUUCCCUCAUUUUAGUCUUAAUUUGCUAGAUUUCCCUUAUUCAGAGACGACAUGAGGAAGUAUCUACCGCCUUUGGCUGUGUUUUUCGUUUCUUUGCUUAUGUAUGCUGAACAAAAACAAGGCACAAACGUCGCUGGGUCCAAAGUUAAAGAUGACCACUUCGAUUUUAUGGUGUUCACCCAACAGUGGCCGGAGACUUUCCGGCUGCAGACUGGACCAGAGGUUCAGAUCCCCAAGAAUGUCACAGGAUGGACAAUCCACGGUGUCUGGCCUUCACAGAUGAAGAAAGAGGCUCCCAACUUCUGUAACAGCUCGUGGCACUUCAACCAAAGCCUGAUCGAAGACCUGAGGCCACAGAUGAGUCUCUACUGGCCCAACUUGAUAAAGACUAACAACCUGUGGGACCACGAGUGGACCAAACACGGCACGUGUGGAGCCUCGCUGCCUGCUAUACACGGGGAACACAACUACUUUGCUGAGGGACUCAGGCUCAAUGCAAAGUACAACAUCACAGAGAUGCUAGCCAGCAAUCACAUCGUGCCAAAUGCAGAAAAGGCAUAUUCUUACAAUGAUGUCGAGGGAGCCAUCAGGAAGAAUGUGAACAACAUGUCGUUCGUUAUGCAGUGUUACUGGGACAAAGAGGCACACAAACAAUACAUCUCCCAGGUGAUGCUGUGCUUGGACAAACAGUUUGGCCUGCUGGAGUGUGACAAGUAUUUGAGUGAGGGUGACUUGUGUUGGACCACUGAGACUAUCCAGUACCCACCCUUCCAAUUUUCCUUCAACUAAGGCUGCACAAUCUUCAUUUUAUGAUUGGCAUGUUCAGGAAACUGCUAGCAUCAGUUAGUUGGGAAUAUAUUUUGAAAGUAAUUUGGCCCUGAAACCACGCAAAUCAUUGACAAUCAAUAUACUGAUCCCAUAGCUAUGCCCACCUGUUAAAAUGUACGAAUGCAUAUAUUUGACAGACUCUCUCAUUGGUUGAACCACUAAUUGCCAUGUUAUCAUUGGUUAUUGUUAAACUGCUAAUUGUAAUGGACAGUCAGGAUAAAACAUUUUAGGAUCAGCGUAGUCAAGGUGGUUACAUUAGUCAACAGGUUUCCAUUCAUAUAUUGCCAAGUAGAAAUAAGUAAGUGAACAUUUUUUUAACUUACAAUCUUGUUCAAAUACAAUCACCUAUCUGUACCUCAGUGAAUUACAGUGAAACCUGCACUUAGUGACCAUCUCUACACAAUGUCCACUUAGCCAUCACUUUUUGGCAGGCCUUUGGGCAAUUUUUCCUCUGACUUAAGCAUUAGAAAUCUUGGUACACUGUCUGCCAUAAUAGUGUUUUGAGUGGUCAUGAAAGACAGGUUUCACUGUAGUCAUAACAUGGUUAAUAGAUUCUAUGCAAUCAGAGUAUGAUUUUAAACAUCCAUGUGCCAUAAUUUCCAUAACAGUGUUGUGCAAGACUGUAAACAUUUAUCGUACAAGGAAAUCAAAGUCUAUUCUUUUCUUGCAGUUGAAUCAAGAGUCGCUUUAAGUUAUUGGCAUUGGAAUGUGCUGGUUACUUGAGGCUUGGAUUCAAAGAAGGUCAAAGUAUUGACACAUUUUCUUGGACGUAAAAGCUGAAAAAUUAUGCUAGCAUGCUGUCAAUUCCAGCAAAAUUUAUUUUGUAUGUUCCUUGUGUUCCAAUAUUCUUACAGACAUGUAAUUCAGGGUGGUAAUGUUAUCAAAGAUUUCUCAUCUUCAUAAAACAGUGAAUGACUCGUAGUCACAGAGACCACAAAUAAUUUAUAUGAAUUAUACAUAGAUUAAUAUUAAAGAAGUGUGAAACAUUUGUUUGAAAAUCAAUUAAGGUGGCCUUUUUGUGUUGGUAUGUUUAAAUGGUUGCAGAACUGUAACAAAAAGUUCAUGUCCUUUUUUUACAUUUAUAUGCCGGGUAUUAAGGCUCACUGUUGCAAUAAAGUUAAUUCUUAUU